CCUCCUUUGGAUCUUGAUUUAGUGAAUUAUUUUGAUUUGAAGAAAAUGUUUGAAGAACUUGGUUACCAUGCAUACAAAAAGAUGUAUUGGUAUGACCCAACAGCUCCUAGUUAUGAAGCAGGCCUAUAUCCUAUAUAUGGAGACAAGGAAAUCAGAGAGAUGUGUGACAAAAAGAGGGAGGACAGAGAGACGGAUGAAUUGUGUCUGUUCUUUGAUCAUCCAAUUAUAGAAGAUGUUGAUUUUGAGGAUAACGAUGAUACUGAUGAGCAUAGUGAGGCCGAGGUCUUGUCUGAUGAACCAAUUUCUGACAACGAUAGCUAUGAUAGCUAUGAAAGUGCUGAAGACGAGGCGUAUAAACCCCCACCUCCAGGAUUUGAGGAUGACACCUAUGAUAGCUAUGAUAGCUUUGAAGAUGAAGAACUCAUGAAGAAAACAAAGAGAAAAGGUGGCAAAAGAGAUAAGAAGGGUAAGAAGAAAGCUGUUGGAAAAAAGGAUAAUGCAAGGAAGAAAGGUAGGCCUAAACAGACUACUAGGCCCAAUGACAAAUAUGGGCCCAAUAUAAUUGUUGGGCCUACUCCUACUAAUGGGUCUACUCCGACUGCUACGCCUAGUCCUACUGCUGGUGGGUCAGAAUUUGGUGUUGGACCGGGUAUAGCAGAGGAAGAGGAAGGGGAUGACAUCUUUAGUGAUGAGUCUGAUGGUUUAGUAUUUGAGUCAGAGGGGUUUGAUACACCUCAAUCAUCAGACAAUGAGGGAGAUGAUUUUGAUUGGCCCCAAUUCAAUGAGGAAGCAGACUUUGGUGAUGUUCAACUCCAAUUGAACAUGGAGUUUGCCACAUUAGAUCAAUUCAAGCAUGCCUUAAAGAACUAUACUAUUGCCGAAGAAAGGAGGUUUUUUAUGUUAAAAAUGAUAAUAGAAGAGUUAGAUGCAAGUCUGCAAGUGGGGAAGAGAAGGCUAUGA